AUGGGCAUGUUUGGUCGGCAUCAUGGACCAAAGCAGUGCACGUCUCCGAGGUUUUUCCAGAGAUUCGCCAUGUUCGCCUUGAAGAAAUCCUUACAACAUCUUAACGUUACCUUUCUUGCCUUUGUGAAAACAACAGGAGUCGAGCUAAAAGCUGUGGUUCUAUCAUCAUCCGCCUCGUACAGACCGGACAUAGAAGACUCUCAGCGGGAGCAACGCGAGUCCGCUCACCUUACAGCUCCAAGAGGCUCCGCGUCUGGAGAAAGUGCACUUAGAGGAGAUUCUGCAGCAGUGACAGAAGUUAUCAGACUGACUGCAGCAGGAGCCCCCCGUUCUGCAGUAGGAACCCAAGAAGACAGAGCCAGGCCGAUUGAUGAAUCCUUAAAGAAAGACCAGGAGGAAGAGAACUGCGGGAUCAACGAAAUAUUGGAAAGGGAUAAACAAUGGAUCGGUAAGCUGGUCCAGAUCAUGCCAUACUUCAUGGGAUAUGUUGAGCCAAGAGGAAAGGUUUAUAAAGGUCAUAUACAGGGUGAGCGCUCCCGUCUCCUGCGACUGUGGACUGAAGUGGUGACAUUUCAUCGACAUUUUAAUGAACUAAAGACGGCAACAGAAAGGGAUUUAUCUGAAUUGCGUGCCGAAUGGACAAGAUGUGUCCGACUUCUCCAAACUUCAUAUUCCUGUCUUAUCUCAUGGAAGCCACAGAAUCCUGGAAAUAUCACGGAGCCCCCAAAGUACCUUCUUGUUACCUGGGGCCAUGGGAUAGAGUCAGUAGAGAUGACCGGACAGGUGGAAGGAGCAUCCGUGAAGGAUUCUAUGUUAGAUACAUGUGGACAUAAAGAGGAAUCAUCAAAAUCACUAAUUGAGGCCACGCAAGUGGAAGUGCAAACCAAAACCUUGUACCAACAGAGACUGGAGGAGGACCUAAAGUUGCUUAGUUCUCAAUUUGAGGCAACAGAGCAAAAUGCCAGCUUGUUGAAGUCACAGCUGGUGACAGCAGAGCAGGAAGAAAGAACAAUGAGGUUGAAUUUGGAGACUGCACAUGAAGAAGCAGGCACCCUGAGGACUCAGCUGGUGGCAGCAGAGCAGGAAGCAGACACCAUGAGGACACAGCUGGUGGCAGCAGAAGAGGAAGCAAGCAUGAUGACAACACAACUGGUGGCAGCUCAACAGGAAGCAAUCGCGAUGAGGACACAGCUUAUUGCAUCAGAAGAGGAAGUAAGCAUGAUGAGGACUCAGCUGGUGGCAGCAGAACAGGAAGUAAGCAUGAUGAGGACUCAGCUGGUGGCAGCAGAACAGGAAGCAAGCAUGAUGAGGACUCAGCUGGUGGCAGCAGAACAGGAAGUAAGCAUGAUGAGGACUCAGCUGGUGGCAGCAGAACAGGAAGUAAGCAUGAUGAGAACUCAGCUGGUGGCAGCAGAACAGGAAGCAAGCAUGAUGAGGACUCAGCUGGUGGCAGCAGAACAGGAAGCAAGCAUGAUGAGGACUCAGCUGGUGGCAGCAGAACAGGAAGCAAACACGACAAUGUCUCGAGUUCAAGCAGAGAAACAGGAAGAACACAUAUGGAGUUUGCAGCUUGACAGAGAGGAACAAGAAAGAACCACCAACACGUUCCAGCUGGAGACGCCACCACAGGAAACGAACGUAAUAAGAUUACCUUUAAUGGUGGCUUCAAAGGAGACUAGCACUGCGACAUCACUACUAGAGACAACACUUCCAAGCACGCUAUCACCACCGCUAGCAUCAACUUAUCUGAUGACAUCACUGCUAGAGACCACGCCUCUUGAAGCUAGCAAGCUGAUGUCACUGCUGGAGACAACUCGACAGGACGUUAGUAUGCCAGGGCAGGAAGUAGAUUUAGUGGAGAUGUCACGUGCGGACCUAUUAGGCGACAAGGCGCAGUCAAGAUUACAAUUCAUUCUAUCAAAAGAGGACUUAAUUAGGUCGUCAGAGUCCGAGAUAAAUUCGCUGACGUCAAGGGUUCAAGCAUCUGAGCAGGAUACACAUUCAUUAACGGUGCAGCUGGAGGCUUCACGGCAAGACGUGCGUUCACUGGAGAUAAAGGCGCAGGAAACGUGCAGAGGACAUGUUGAAAAGCUGGAAAAGGAAGUAAGUUCUUUAAGGGCGGAGCUGGAAGAGCGGUCUCAAGAGGUGGAGCUGCUGAGGUCAAGCUUGACGACACAGGAAAUGGAAGAAGAAACGCGACUUCACAGCAUGGAGCGGGAGCUGCAGGAGAUUCAUCGGCGGUCUCUUGACGCUGUGCAGUCUGAGCGCUCUGAUCUACUCCACGAUUUAGUGCUGCUGCGGGAAGAGCUGCUGCGCUCUCGUCUUGAAGCCAGUUUGUCUCAAGAUGAAAGGAGCGGCUUGCAGGGCGCUCUCCUCAAGGCAGAAAGGCAGAUAGCUGGGCAGAUGGUGGAGCAGAGCCGACACAGGGCCGAGGUGGACGACCUCCAAGACGCAGUCGCGAAGAUGGGAGACUUGAAUCGAGCCUUGUCUUUAGAUAAAGUGGAACUGAACAGUCUCUUGCUGCAGAGGGAAAAAGAGCUGAAGUCUAUCGGAGAACUUCUGCAAGAGUCACAGAGGGAGAUUGGGAACGCCCAGCAGCGUUUACAGCAAUGUGAGGAGGAACGUUCCCAGCAUAUGGUGGAGCUCGGCAAGGGACAGCGCCUCCUGCAGGACUGCGAAGUAGCAAGAGAAAGCCUGGAAACAGAGCUGUCGUACAUCCGGCUGGAGAGAGACAGACUGCAGGCUGAGCUGAAACAGGAAAGCGAGAGCCUGCGCAAGGAUCAGGACCAGUUAUCUCAGGACGCAGAAGCUUUGAGUCGUGAAAAGUCCACGCUCACCGUACAACUCGGAGUGAGCGAGAGGGAGUGUCUGGAACUAAGAGAAAAGCUAGGAGACCUCCAGAUCAUGAAACAGUGUCUGGAGAAAUCAGUGUUUGCAUCUCAGGAAAGAUCAUCUCAGCUGGAGAUUAGAUGCGGCCAACUGGACCUGGAAGUUCAGACAAUCGCUCAGUCCAAGAAAACCGUCCAAGAUGAGCUUUCUCUCUUGUACGCCGAGCAGGACGCCUUACAGAAGCGAUGUCUUGCUCUUUCUCAGAGGCUUUCUGACUUGGAAGAAGAGAAAGAGGCAGCAAUAGUACGGAGAGAGGAACUGGAGCUAAGCUUGGGAGAAUUAAACACCUUGAGAGACCGUCUGGAGCAAGAGAAGAGUCUGAGACAGGUUACUGAAGAGCGUGUCGAUAAAUUGCAGAGAGAGAAGCAGAAUGAGCUGGAUAAAGCAACCAUCGUACAGAAGCAAUUGGAAGAGGAAAUUUCCAAACUCGGGGACAACCUGAAAAUAUGUCAGUCAGACAAAGAGACAGCUUUGGAGAACUUAGAGCGACAAGUGCUAAUGAAAAGUGAACAGGACCGUGAAAUUGAGAUUAUCAAAGAGACCUUGAAAGAAUGUCGGGAAGAAAAAAAGAGAGCCCUGGCUGCACUGACAAACCAAGCGGAUAGUUUAGAAGAGAUUGAGAGGCAGAUUACAGAACUAAGAGGGAAUAUUCAGGAGUGCAACGGGGAGAAGGAGACUGCUUUAACUUCAGCCGCUGUGCUCCAAUUGACCAUACAAGAAAAAGAACGUGAACUCAAGACUUGUAAGGAGAGCAUAAUGCAACUCCAACAAGAGAAAGAGAUGGUGGUCAAUAAAUUACAGCAACAGAUCCAGAGCUUUAAGGAGACUGAGCUGCGAAUGACAAAGCGUAUCGAAGAGUGUGAAGUUCAGAAAGAGCUUGCAGUAAAAGCAGAAUACCACAGUUCCCUGAUAGUAGCAGAAAGGGAUCGAGAAAUUGAUACCUUGAUUGCCAAGAUGAGCGUGGUUCAAGGAGAGAAGGAGACACUCGUUGAGAAGUUCUCUGUUGAUGCUAUCGAGGCAGAGCAGAAACAGACAGCUCUAAAGGAGCUUCUCAGACAGUGUCAAGAAGAACGAGAAACCAAGGUGAAUGCAUUGCUGCAAAAUGUGGGAGAACUGGAUAAAGAAUUGGUGACUUUAAGAGAGCGUCUGAAGGAUCAGCAGGCAGAGAAAGAGAGCACACUUGAAGAAGUAGGCCAUCAAGCUAUGUUGUUAAAAGAGAGUGACUCUCUGAUUGAAUCUUUCCGAUCCAGAAUGGUAGAGUGCGAGUUUGAGAAAGACCAGCUCUCUGUGAAUUACAGAGAGUGCCAGGAAAAUAUAGCAACUUUAAAAGAGACUAUUAAAGAGUACUCGGAAGAAAAAGAGAGAGCCCUGGCUGCACUGACAAACCAAGCGGAUAGUUUAGAAGAGAUUGAGAGGCAGAUUACAGAACUAAGAGAGAAUAUUCAGGAGUGCAACGGGGAGAAGGAGACUGCUUUAACUUCAGCCGCUCUACUCCAAUUGACCAUACAAGAAAAAGAACGUGAACUCAAGACUUGUAAAGAGAGCAUAAUGCAACUCCAACAAGAGAAAGAGACGGUGGUCAAUAAAUUACAGCAACAGACCCAGAGCUUUAAGGAGACUGAGCUGCGAAUGACAAAGCGUAUCGAAGAGUGUGAAGUUCAGAAAGAGCUUGCAGUAAAAGCAGAAUACCACAGUCUCCUGAUAGUAGCAGAAAGGGAUCGAGAAAUUGAUACCUUGAUUGCCAAGAUGAGCCUGGUUCAAGGAGAGAAGGAGACACUCGUUGAGCAGUUCUCUGUUGAUGCUACCGAGGCAGAGCAGAAACAGACAGCUCUAAAGGAGCUUCUCAGACAGUGUCAAGAAGAACGAGAAACCAAGGUGAAUGCAUUGCUGCAAAACGUGGGAGAACGGGAUAAAGAAUUGGUGACUUUAAGAGAGCGUCUGAAGGAUCAGCAGGCAGAGAAAGAGAGCACACUUGAAGAAGUAGGCCAUCAAGCUAGGUUGUUAAAAGAGAGUGACUCUCUGAUUGAAUCUUUACGAUCCAGAAUGGUAGAGUGCGAGUUCGAGAAAGAUCAGCUCGCUGUGAAUUACAGAGAGUGCAAGGAAAAUUUUGCAACUUUAAAAGAGACUAUUAAAGAGUACAUGGAAGAAAAAGAGACGUUGUCUGCUUUGUUGCAGUCUCAAACUGAGGGAAUUAAAGACCGAGAAAAUGAGAUAAAAUUGUUGAAGGAGACUAUGUUUAAUGUUCAAAAAGAUAAAGAAAUGAUCUGUAGUGAUCACACCAAAACUUUGAAAGAGAAAGACAAAGCUCAUGUGGUGCUGCAACAGACUCUACGAGACAGCCAGCAAGAAAAGGAGCAUCAACGACUAGCUAUAGAACAGCAGAAAUGUGAGAUUAUGAGCCUGGAAGAGAAGUUACGGAGGUGCCAACAUGAUAAAUCUGUGGUAGAAGCUAGAAUGGAAGAUUUGGCAUUGCAGAAAGACUCCAUAGAGAAGGAAGCAAAUAUGGAGGAAAAACUUUUGAGGGAAAAAGUGUCUGAGUAUUCUCAGGCCUUAAAGGAAAAAGAACUAGCGGUUGAAGUUUUAGAAAGGAAGUAUGAGAGAGAGCGUGAAUCGCUAAAUAGGAGGCUAGAGACGCUGUCACUCUCUUUAAAAGAGAAUGAAAGAGAAUUACAGGAGUUGGGAAGACUUGAGAUCAAAAAUAGAGAUUUGGAGAGGAAACUGUCAGAGGUCCUAAAUGAAAGACAGCUGGUUGAGGAACAGAGGGAAAGGGACAACAAGGCCUUUGAGAAAGACAUUCAAGAACAAAAGAAUAUAGUGAAAAUACAAGAUCUGAAACUGGAACUAGAACAAGUACAAUAUGUUCUGGUAGAGAAGCAAAAAGAGGCAGAAGAUGCCAGAAUCCAGAGUGAUAGAGAGAGACUGACUCUAAAACAGCAGAUUGCAGAACUGUCUCGAGCACUCGCAGACAGAGAGGUCCAUGAUGAGGAGAGAGAAGAGCACUUGAAUGCUUUGAAUAUUAGAUUAGACCAAAUGAGUCAGGACUUAAUGGGUAAAACUGUUGAAUUUGCACAAGGGGAAGAAGAAAGAAAGGAACUGCAGAAAUGGGUAACAGAACUUUCCCAGGCUCUUAUUGGAGAGAUGUUUUUAGAUCAAGAAGAUGAUCGAGCUUUAACUGAUAGACUAAAAUUGCUUGGAAAGGCUUUGAAAGAUAGAGAGCGACAGUGCGAACAAGCAAAAAUUGAGAAAGACAGUCUGAAGGAAAGAGUAGCAAAACUUUCUCAAAUUCUUAUAGAAAAGGAACACGAGUUAGAAGAGGCAGAAGAUAAGAUGAGAUCGUUGGGACAGGAAAUAAGUGAACUGGGGCAAGUUCUUGUAAAAAAAGAAGACGAGGUAAGGAAUGAAGAGCUAAAUAGUAAGGAAGAGAAGUCGUUACUGAGACAGAGUGUAUCUCGGCUGUCUCACAGUCUUACAGAGAAAAAGAUAGAGAUAGAGGAGAAGGAAGUUGAAAUUACAUUUCUAAAAGAUAAGAUCAAAGAAAUCAGACAAGUCAUGGUGGAAAAAGAUCAAGAAAUACGAGAGAAAGAUAGCUUUAUCGAGCUAGAAAAAAGGUCUCAGAGCAAGAGACUAUCAGAAAUGUCUCAGGUUUUAUUAGAAAAGAAAAUUGAAGCAGAUAACAAAGACCUAAAAAUUAUAUCUCUGGAAGACAAGAUGGCGGAGCUUCGACAGGUUUUAAUAAGUAAGGAGUAUGAGCUCAAAGAGGAGAUAACCCGAAACGAACAUGAAAAUAAAGCCCUUAGACAAAAAGUUGAAGAACUUUCACAGACUUUACUGGAAAGAAGUCAUCAUGCAGAUUUUGCAAGCAUGGAAAUAAAACUAUUGAAAAAUAAGAAGGAAGAACUUGAAGGACAGUUGAAGAACAGAGAAGUGGAUGAUAAAGAGAUGCAGGUAAAGCUUCUGAAAAAGAAGACUGAAGAAUUGAGACAACGCCUGCAUGAAAAAGAGCAGGAAAAUAAGGAAGAAGAACGGCGACACGAGGAAGAGUUGAAAAGUCUGAGGAAAAGAGUGACUGAACUAUCUUCAUCUAUAGCACAAAAGGAGAGCGAAGCAGGAACAAGACAGGAAUCUGAAAAAAGAGAGUGCGAUGAAGAGAGGAAGACUCUACAGCAGAAGUUAAGGGAUGUUUCCCAGGCUUUAGUCAAGAAAGAGCAAAAAUAUGAUGUAGUUAAACUGGAGGUGGAAACUCUGAAAAAGAAAAUAGAAGAGCUAAGCCUCCUCAUACUAGAGAAAGAAGGUAAGAUUCAAGAGGAAAACAGAAUAGGUGAAGAAGAGAAGACAUCCUUGAAGCAAAGAGUGAAAGAACUCUCCAAAGCUUUGGGUGAGAAGGAGCAAGAGGCUGCUGAGACAAAAUUAGAAAGUAAAUAUCUAAGAGACAGGCUAGAAGAAGGUAGUCAGGUCUUGGUAACAAGGGAGGAAGAGGUCAAGGAGGAAAAGAAACGCAACGAGGAAGAGAAGAACGUUAUGAGAGAAAGAAUAACAGCCAUGUCCCAGUCUUUAGUAGAGAAGAGCCAUGAAGCAGAUAGGACCAAGAUGGAGAUGAACUCUCUUAGAGAGAAGCUAGAAGAGCUCACGAGGAGGAAUGAAGCAAUGAUCCAUGAUGCAAAUAUUGAAGAGCAAAAUACUAUUUUAAGCCAGAAUGUGGAAGGACUUUCUCAGAAUUUAAAAGCAAAAGUAAGAGAAGUUAAUGUUCUCCAAACUGAUCUGACAUCUCUGAGAGAUAAGGUAGGAGAACUAAAGCAAUCUCUGACUCUUAAAGAACAAGAAAUUCAAGAGAAGGAAAUAUGCUAUGAAACAGAGAAGAGAACUUUAAAAGAAAAGGUGACCAAUCUUGCUAAAGCUUUAGGAAGUAAAGAAACAGAAGUAGAAGAAAUGGUAGGAAAUAUUGAAUACUUGAAAGAAAAGAAUGAGAAGGUAAUAAAUGAGAAAAAAUUACACGAAGAAAAGACGACUCUGCAGAAUCAAAUAAUCAGACUUUCGCAAACUCUGUCGGAGAAGCAGGAGAAAACAGAAGGAAUGGAAAGGGAGAUGAGGCUACUGAGGGAACAGAUUGAGCAGCUAAGACAGGAUUCAGUAGAUAAAGGGCAAGAGAGCAAGAUGCACGAAGAAGAGAAAAAUGUCCUAAGGCAGAAAGUGUUAAAACUUCUUCACACUGCAGAAGAAAAAGAGAAGAAAAUAGACACAAUGGUUAUUGAGAAGAAUGCUCUUAAAGCAAAGAUCGGAGAACUAAGACGAGCCAUGGUGAUUCAAGAUCAAGACAGAAGAAAGAAAACCAGAGAUGAAGAAAAUGAUGAGACAUAUUUCAGUCGAGAGACUGAAUACCAAGGUUUAGAGAAAACUGAGACUAAUUUUUUGGAUUUGGAUGUUCAAGAAGAUGGAAAGAAACCUUUAUCUGACAAGACAUUUGCCGGAGAAAGGAGAAAACUGGAGGAACAUUUACAAGACUUGCAAACAUUUACACAUGUCAAAUCGGAGACAGCAUCGGCAAAGUCCACAGAAGGCUUAAAUUUGAUUGGUAAGAGAAAGUUGCUAGAAAACCAACAUGAGGACCCUGUGUUUCUAGAGAUCAGCUAUCCACACGAGGAGACCAAUAUACAAGAGCUGAUAACAGAAAUUAAAGCACUGUAUCAUGAGAGAGAUGAAGCCCAGAAGAGGGAAGUGGAUCUUAAAAUGAAGUUGAUGAAAGCAGAAACGGCACUAAGACGUAUGGAGGCUGAAGAGAUCACGCUGAGGCAGAAGUUUCUGGUAUUGAAAAAGAGACUUAGAAAAGAUUCUUCUACAUCUGUAGAUGUUUUAAGUGGAAAGAAUGACGACUCUCUGCAAAGGAGGCUGCAGGUCCUGCAGGAGGCUGUUGCGAGGUUGGAAAACGACAAAUCUUUAUUGGAAAACCAAACCCUACGUUUGAGCGAGACACUACGAGAAGUGGAGUUUGAGCGGAGGAACCUCCGGAGGGAGCUGCGUAAGCUCAAUGCUUCAACAGUGCAGCAGUCAAAGGACAUAACACAAGAGGAUUCUGUUGAUUCUUCUACAUCUUGGCCAGGCGUGGCAGAGCUACAACAACAGAUCUCCUUUUUAAAGUCACAGCUGGAGAAAGAACGCGGACAUCGUUCCUGGUAUAUACACAGAUGUGCCCGCACCACUGACGAUCUUAUGAGCCUGAGACACAAUCUGACUCGUUCACUGGCGGCAGUGACCUCUGAUACUAGACCUCAGGUACUGGAGAGGGAAACUAUCCGACUGGAUGACACAUUAAACCGCAGCCUUGGCCUUCCGACAACCUGAAUGUGCAUAUUAACAUGAAGUCCCGCGAGGCACGCAGGUCUCUUGCUCUUGGAGAAACUGGUUGGGUCAGUGAGAGAGCACAGUGGGCUAAUCCGUCCUGGGAAAGGGGUUCUCCCCCUUUACCUGCCUUACAGAAGUCCAGUUGCAUUACUCCAGAAGUGUAUUGGUCCCAGCGACUGAUCAGUGACCCAUUUAUUUGGCUCAUUAGCCUCUGUGCGGGAGUUCAAAGAUUCAGCAUGGUUGAAAAUGAUGUCUGUUACAGGAUUCAGUGAUGAUGUGUGAUUGGGGUGUGUUGUUGGUUGGUGCUACAUGUAGGAGAUUUGAAUUUAUUAUCGGGGAGCAGCGGAUGCAAAAAUCCAUUCCAUUGAUGUCAAUGUCCCAUGGUGACCACGCUUGGUUGUGAUGUGAAGUUUACAGACUCUUAGGUACUGCAAUGGGGUCUUAACUCAGCCCUUUGAGUAAUCUAUUUGUCAUUGAAAAAAGGUAAUGUUUGGAACUUCUAUAUGAU